UUUAAGGCAAGGGUUCGAAAGGGAAAAGAAAUGCCUUCGGCAAUAAAAGGUAUUUUUAUACGGCAUACGCCGGAUGUCUACAUACAGAGACUGUUGAAGGAGAAAUACGUAGACGAGGUUGGGCUCAUUAGAGAAGGCCGCUUCUCCAUUGGCCUCCGUCCGCUCGGCUCAUACUCGUGUAAGAGCCGUAUCCGAGCCGUGCAAAGUGGGCAAGAACCGCUAGCUCGGAGCCGGAGCACCUCCUCGUCGCGUGCCGUGGUCAGCCCCAUGCCCACCACAAAAAAGAGAGUGUUUACGUUCGGCAAAGGAAAGAGCGAGGGAAACAAGGGCAUGAAGUCUUUGUUAGGCGGGAAGGGAGCAAACCUGGCAGAGAUGUCGAGCAUAGGGUUAUCAGUGCCCCCCGGGCUCACGAUAUCAACAGAGGCGUGCCAAGAGUACCAGGAGAGCGGAUGCCAGCUGCCAGAUGGACUGUGGGAGGAGGUAUUGGAAGGGUUACGGACGGUCGAGAUGGAGAUGGGAGCUUUCCUUGGGGACCAUUCCAAGCCGCUCCUCCUGUCUGUCCGUUCCGGUGCUGCUAUAUCCAUGCCUGGGAUGAUGGAUACUGUCCUUAACUUGGGCCUAAAUGAUGAAGUGGUUGCUGGUUUAGCUGCAAAAAGUGGAGAACGCUUCGCUUAUGAUUCAUAUCGACGCUUCCUAGACAUGUUUGGAGAUGUUGUUAUGGGCAUACCACAUUCAUUGUUUGAGGAGAAACUAGAAGCACUGAAGGCUGCCAAAGGAGUGAGUCUUGAUGCUGAUUUAACAUCUUCUGAUCUCAAAGAGCUUGUUGCAGAAUACAAGAAAGUAUACUUGGAAGCUAAGGGUGAACAGUUUCCUUCAGAUCCGAGAAAGCAGUUAUAUCUGGCUAUUCUAGCAGUUUUCGAUUCAUGGGACAGUCCAAGAGCUAUCAAGUAUAGGAGCAUCAACCAGAUAAGUGGAUUAAAGGGGACAGCAGUUAAUAUUCAAUGCAUGGUGUUUGGGAACAUGGGAAACACUUCAGGGACUGGCGUUCUCUUCACAAGGAAUCCAAGCACUGGUGAAAAGAAGCUCUAUGGGGAGUUCCUUAUCAAUGCACAGGGGGAGGAUGUAGUUGCCGGAAUUAGAACGCCAGAGGACUUGGAUGUCAUGAAGCAAUGCAUGCCAGAAGCCUAUAGAGAGCUAGUGGAGAACUGUGAAAUUCUUGAAAGGCAUUAUAAAGAUAUGAUGGACAUUGAAUUCACCAUUCAGGAAAAUCGGCUGUGGAUGUUGCAAUGCAGAUCAGGGAAGCGCACUGGAAAAGGUGCAGUGAAGAUUGCUGUGGACAUGGUGAAGGAAGGGCUUGUCGAUAUUCGUUCUGCCAUCAAGAUGGUGGAGCCCCAGCAUCUGGACCAACUUCUCCACCCACAGUUUGAGGACCCAUCUGCAUAUAAAGACAAAGUCAUUGCAACGGGCUUGCCUGCAUCACCUGGGGCUGCAGUGGGUCAGAUUGUUUUCGGUGCUGACGAUGCCGAAGAAUGGCACGCACAAGGAAAGAGUGCCAUCUUGGUGAGAACAGAGACUAGUCCGGAGGACGUCGGUGGCAUGCACGCAGCCACCGGAAUUCUGACUGCAAGAGGUGGCAUGACCUCUCAUGCAGCUGUGGUUGCCCGUGGCUGGGGAAAAUGUUGUGUUUCUGGAUGCUCAGAGAUCCGUGUAAAUGAUGCGGACAAGGUUGUUGUGAUUGGGGGGAAAGUGCUUAGGGAAGGUGAGUGGCUAUCACUUAAUGGGUCGACAGGAGAAGUGAUCAUGGGGAAGCAACCGCUCUCACCUCCAGCUCUAAGUGGCGAUUUGGGGACCUUCAUGUCUUGGGUUGAUGAACUAAGGUAUCUCAAGGUUAUGGCAAAUGCUGACACACCUGGGGAUGCACUAACGGCAAGAAACAAUGGUGCACAAGGGAUCGGACUUUGUAGGACAGAGCACAUGUUCUUUGCUUCAGAUGAAAGGCUAAAAGCUGUGAGACAGAUGAUAAUGGCAGCGACUCUUGAACAGAGAAAAGCAGCAUUAGACCUCCUCUUGCCCUAUCAAAGAUCCGACUUUGAAGGCAUAUUUCGGGCAAUGGAUGGUCUUCCAGUGACGAUCCGUCUAUUGGACCCUCCACUCCAUGAGUUUCUGCCAGAAGGUGAAAUUGACGAGAUUGUUUCUGAACUAUCUUCUGAUACUGGGAUGACUGAAGAUGAAGUUUUUUCAAGAAUUGAAAAGCUGUCUGAAGUAAAUCCGAUGCUUGGUUUCCGCGGUUGCAGGCUUGGUAUUUCAUAUCCGGAGCUGACUGAAAUGCAAGCAUGUGCUGUCUUUGAGGCUGCAAUUUCUAUGACCAAUCAGGGUGUUAAAGUUCUUCCAGAGAUAAUGGUCCCUCUUGUUGGAACACCACAGGAAUUAGGGCAUCAAGUGAGCCUGAUACGAAGUAUCGCUGAUAAAGUGUUCUCUGAGAUGGGCACCUCCUUAAACUAUAAGGUCGGGACCAUGAUUGAGAUCCCCAGAGCUGCCCUUGUUGCUGAUGAGAUUGCAGGACAAGCGGAGUUCUUCUCAUUUGGGACUAACGACCUCACACAGAUGACAUUCGGAUACAGUAGAGAUGAUGUUGGCAAGUUUCUUCCUAUUUACCUAGCCAAGGGUUUGCUCCAAAGUGAUCCCUUUGAGGUGCUUGAUCAAAAAGGCGUCGGUCAGCUCAUUAAGAUGGCAACUGAGAGAGGACGUAGGGCAAGACCUGACUUGAAGGUCGGAAUAUGUGGAGAACACGGCGGAGAGCCUUCCUCUGUCGCAUUUUUUGCUGAGGCUGGAUUGGACUAUGUUUCUUGUUCCCCAUUCAGGGUCCCCAUAGCUAGGCUUGCAGCAGCUCAAGUGGCAGUUUGAGAAGAGAGACUUCAACAAGGAAGAGUGGUAGGAUGAAGGACGCCACCAUUGGAUUGGCAAUUGUAUGUUACCUCCCUCCCCCAUCAUGAUUAUCUGUAAAUGGACCAUCUUCAUAAUCAUAAUCAUUACUACAAAAUGAUUCUACAAUGUGAUUAUCGAAUGUAAUAAUCAGUCACAGAAAUGUCUAUAAAAGGUGAAAAUUUCCAGCA